UCCGGUAAAAUCGACGGACAUCAAACAGCGUAAGGGUAAAGUGGUUGAACUUACACGUAGUUAACGAUUAAAUUAUUUUUUUAAGUGACGAUGAUGUGGGUCGUCAGGCAAUUUCUGUCGUCGGUGGUCCAGAGAGGUCAGUGUGCGGGACAGCCGGGGUUACUUCGCCGCCCUCGGUAUGGCUCUCUCCCUGACCUGGAGCUACGGUACCUGCAGUGCACUUGCUGCUGGAGGAGCCGGAUUCCUGUGGCGGGUUUCGAGACCAUGAAUGCCGCUCUCUCCACCUCUGAGCCCUGCAAAGAUGACAGCAGCAAACCCCUGGACGCCUGCUACACCUCCGAACAACGACACGCCAUCCUUCAGCUCCUCAACAACGGCAGCCCUUCUGAGCUUGCCAGCGUAAAACUGCUGAGAGGUCGCAAGUCCCUCAACAUUGUAGAGUACAGGACUAAAAACGGACCCUUUAAAACACUGGAAAGUGUGGUGAACGUGCCGCUGCUAAAGCACAAAAGUGCUGUCAUAGUCUUCAACUCAAUUGUCAACCCGGUUAAAAAGGAGAGGAAAGUGAGGAUACAGCUGGCUAAGUUUAUCAGGCCAGAAGUGGACAGGUCCUGGUUGGAGGAUGCUAAUUCAAUAGUAUCUAUAGUAUGUGGGACUAAUAAAAUCGCCUGGGCUCACGUGGACCGUGGGAUGAGCGUAUUGGACUGGCACCAGCUGGAUUGCCCUAAUUUCUUUAAAGGAACGUACAUGGCAUCUGCUUAUUUAAAUGAUGUUUCUUCAGUUGUGUCCCUCCUCCCGACAGGAGACUUCUAUAUAAUAGAAAAAACCUCCAUCUCAGUUCAGAAUACGAGCCUGUUCCCCGUUAUGGCCCAUAUGAGGACUGUGGAGGCCAUGCUGUUUGCUCUACUGGAGCCCAGAAUCCCCUCACCAGAGCCCAAUAUUCCUCCCAGGGUACUUAACAUGAUGAGGACUGCUGUGGGGCGCCACUUUGGACUGAUGGUGGGCGAAUCUCGGACCAGCGGGGCGCAGAUGGUGCGACAGCUGAUGACGGAAUCUGUGACACAAAAACUUCCCAGAAUAAACUUUCCCCAAGAGCUGCUGGUCAAAUACAGGCAUUACUUUCAAAUGGGCAGCAGAAGAAGAGGAGAGGCGCUGUGCGACGCCUUGCUUCAGGCCGUGGCUUUUUAUGAGCUUCUCAGCGAGUCUUCCUGUUGAUUCCUCCUGGGAUAAUGACUGCAAUGACUGCACUACAUCCUGCAGCCUUCUGAGCUGCAUCGUCGGCCCUCUGGAACUGUCAUGAUCAGAUCUGAUGAGAUUAAUACGUUUAAAAAGGCUAAAUAUUCUGUUACCUUGAACCUCACACUCCCAUGUUUUUGGGAUACUCAAUCUUCCUGGUGCUGGUGUGUAUGUGUUAAAAAUGUUUGUGGAUAACCUUCCAAGCACUAUAUGGAUGUCACCAUGGACUCUCACCAUGACCUGAACAAUUACAGUAUUUGAACAACAGUUACAAGGAGUAGGUCUUAAGAAAUGCUAUAAAAAUAGAUUUUAUUUACAGUUUAUAAUUGCACUUACUUGGAAAUAAAACAUGAUAUUUCAUCUCAACUGCACUGAAUUAAUAAUUAAGUAAUUCCGUUUUUCAGGU